AUGCAACAAUACCCUUCCUCUAUAAAACCCUCCACCGGAACAGAAAAUUGCGAUUUGGAGAAAGAGAGAUUCGUUUCACGGAGGCGUAAUUUUCCUGCAACACGACGCCGGAACCACCCUAAUCAGAUGGACGCUAAAGAAGUCGCCGACUACCGAUGGACGAAUGAGAGACACCUUCAUUUCUUAAACUCCGUCGAGGCUUCGUUUGUUCAGACAAUGCUCGGAAACAACGAUCAAUUUCGUCGUAUGGAUAGAUGCUUGCCGGAUGAUUACGAAUCGACCCUAGACUCGAAAGCUAGUAGCACGAAGAGAAGAAGACGACGACAUUCAACAUCAGAUAUUUUGGAUUCAAGAUUAAGAAGCGGUCCAAGAAUCACAAGAUUACAAAUCCAUCCUGAAAGUCGAGAUGAUCAGGUUGUUCCACAGAUUGAGAAUACGAAAAACAAGCAAGAUGAGGGAGAAGGCCAAAAAUUUGUCAUGACAACCUCCGCAUCCUCCAUGUAAAUCAAGUCAAAUUAAUGGAUCGUCUUUUCAUAAAUUCUUAUGUUCAGUUGAUUUCAUGGUUUUAAGGUUGGGGAAAUUCUUGGUGUUUUGUUAUUGAUGUAGACAAGUGUACGUUGGUUACGUUCUGUGCUUAUUUAAAACUAGAAUUCAUAAGCCCACCACAUAUAUUUAUUCUUAGCUUUAUCAUCUAUAUUUAUAUAU